GCGAGGUAGGCUGCGAACUUUACUCUGGCGGAGGUGUCCGCCGCGACCAGACGUGUUCACUUACAUUCUGUUUAUCCAAACAAAAGUAGCCGAUAUGAAGACUGUGACGCUGAUCUGUAACGUACUGAUGGCUUUCUUGGCUUUGUCAAUUAAUAGCCAGGAAACGGAUAUCGUGGUUUUGCGGGCAAUCCGGGGUCGAGAAGCACGGCUGCCAUGUGGCCAGGGAACCGUGUUCCUGGACGGGCCAAACUCGUUUAUACUUUGGUUGAAACAUGAUCAUGACUUCCUUUACCGGUUUCCUAAUGAGGAGUAUGAGCACGGCCUUAUGAACCCUGACCGCGUAGUGGAGACUACUUGCAACCCUGGUUCCUGUCGAGACCAGACUGCUCUGAUACUGAAGAGAGUGACAAAUCACGACGCAGGACUCUAUCGCUGUAGGGUUCAUUACCAGACGUCCCCGUCGGUUGAUCAUCUUAUCCAACUCCGAGUCGUCGAUUCUCCAGGAGCACCAACGGUGUACAAUGGCGACGAAGAGGUCAAAGGUGUCACCGUGGGUCCACUCAGUGUCGGCUCCGAUUUAAUCCUGUCGUGUCGCGUACAGAGUAAAGAUCCUGAGACCGAAGUGUAUUGGCGGCGCAACGGAGUGAUGAUGGAGAGGACCCACCUAAUCAGGAGUGACGUGGUGCGAGCAGACAUUCACCUGUACAACCUCUCGCGAUCGAAUGCGGACUCGCAUUAUGAAUGUCUAGCCCAAAACUCGGACGUUUCAGAGCCCUUAAUUAAAAGCAUCGUUAUAAAGAUGUAUCUUGCUCCGCUCACGGUUCAAAUUCGCUUAGACGAGAACUAUGACUUCGAAGCCGGGAUACCUCGUUUAGUCGACUGUGUGGUAAUUGGCUGUGUCCCUGCGCCUUCAAUCAGUUGGCAUCUAGGAGACAAAUUGCUGAGGCCAACCUCCCAUAAGGAGGUGAAUGAAGGAAACUAUACAGUGUCGACUCUGACUUUGGCGCCUUCCCUACAAAAAUCACACUACGAACUAAGCUGCCGAGCCCACAACUCUCACAUGCCGUCAGAACUCUUCCAGGACAAAGUCGUAAUCAAUGUUGGAUAUCGGCCCACCUGCCAGACUGGCCGAGUGGAGAGGGUAGGAGUAGUCGAACGAGAGGCGGAGACAGUCCAUUGCAUAGUGGAUGCUUCUCCUGAACCUCUGCAAUUCACGUGGACUUUUGAGGAUUCGAAGACACUCUAUACGAGUGGAACGAGGAUAUCUGCAAAUCGUAAUAGAUAUUCAUCGAGCUUAACCUGGCUGUCACGUGGUGGAGACAUCGGUCUGCUGCAAUGUCGCGCCACAAAUGCGUUUGGGGAACAGAAGAACUCCUGCGUGUUCAAUAUAACAGCUGGCGGCCCUCCUGAGAUGCCCGAUUGUGACAUCACACGCAACGUACCCAACCACCUCACUGUUCAUUGCCGACUUGGCUGGGAUGGAGGUCGACCUCAAAAAGUCUAUUUUCAACUGUACGACGAAACUGGCAGACUAUUUCGCAAUGUGUCGGACGCUGUUGGAAGUUACCAGUUCAAAAAUGUACCGGGCCAUCAGAAUUUUACUGCGGUCUAUUAUACUGCGAAUAUAAGAGGAAGAAGCCCACAAGUUAAAAAAGUACUGCAUUCUUACAGCGACGUAUUAGCCAAGAAGAAAAUAGAACUGGAGAGAAGUGCCGAAAUUGCUCAAAAAUGGAUGCCGUACGUCCAGACACUGGCAGGAAUAGUGACCCUAUGCAUCAUGGUGGCAGCCAUCACAUUGGUAGUUAAGAUAUUCUGUACCAAACUAGAUCACGAGGAUCCCAACCCAGAUCUGGUACCACGGAGCACCAACGGAUAUUUCCACCGUGAACCAGACAUCACAAAGGAGGACCGGUGCCUGGAGUCUACCAACAUCACUACAAAUCCAUUGGCGACGUGCUCCAAUGUGCACAAUCCUCUGCCGUAUUGCCCACCUACGGUACCCACAUGUCGCGUGGUGCGAGGCUGCCCACACGAUGACGACGACUGCCUGACUGGUCAGCAGUCAUAUUUUGUCUAAAUCCAGACAAUCAAUCAAGACGGACUAAUACUGCCUAUAAGUAAAUCCGACUCGAAUACUCAUCACAUAUUAGCAUAUCACACAACAGGCGUUAAAAAUUCAGCAGAAAUAUUUAUCUUUAGGAUUAACCAAAUAACAUUUAGAUUUAAGCACAUGUUUACUUAUCGUCUUUAAAUGUCGACAUGUUCUUAUAAGUUGUUAAAUAAAGGACAAUGGGGGAAGGAAGGGGAAUAAAAUAUAAAUUUAGAAAGAAUUUUGCUGCAAGAAGCGUAGACUGAACGCCUAGCUGGUCUUUGUACCCUAGGCUGAUACGAUGACUGACUUAGGCCCACAAGUGUAUGGCGAUUCCUUAUUAGGAAGAAGUAAAUAUUUUAGGUUUGGUGCUGUAUUGAUGUAUGUAUAAGAAAGAUGAAUGAAGAUGUAAAAUGAAAGCCAGAUGUUUAUUUUUGUCUUGAUAACCUUCACAAGAAGAUUAUCCAUUAUUUUCUAAGUAUUAAAUAUUUGUUCUAUUUCCACAAGGUACCGCCAUAUGAAAGGUAACCACGUACGUUUAAGGGUAACUGUACCCUACUAGUCAUUACUAUUGUAAUUAUGUGUUUAGUAUCUUAAAGGUUUAGUAAAGUAAGUUUAUCUUCCCAUGUUGGUCCCAUGGGAAG